AUGGCACUCCUGGCUGUCAGGGGCACGAUUGAACGUGUGUUGGACAAAAAUAUGCAGGAUCUUGUCCGAGGUAUCAGAAAUCACAAAAACGAUGAGGUGAAAUACAUAAGCGAAUGCUUAGAAGAAAUAAAGAACGAGCUUAAGCAGGGCUCGUUUCCUUCAAAAUCCAAUGCUGUAUCAAAGCUCAUAUAUCCACUGAGGAUGGCACUCCUGGCUGUCAGGGGCACGAUUGAACGUGUGUUGGACAAAAAUAUGCAGGAUCUUGUCCGAGGUAUCAGAAAUCACAAAAACGAUGAGGUGAAAUACAUAAGCGAAUGCUUAGAAGAAAUAAAGAACGAGCUUAAGCAGGGCUCGUUUCCUUCAAAAUCCAAUGCUGUAUCAAAGCUCAUAUAUUUACAAAUGCUCGGAUAUGAUAUCAGCUGGGCCAUGUUUAAUACGGUGGAAGUCAUGAGCUCCCCAAAAUUCACGUUCAAAGACUUGUGCAGCGCAAAUAUGUACGAUGCCGGGGUGGCACUAUCUGGGUUGUCAUGCUUCAUGACUCAGGACCUGGCGAUGGAUCUGUAUAAUGAUGUCUUAUCUCUGACAAAUUCGACCAAGCCGUAUUUACGGAAGAAGGCAGUGCUUCUACUAUAUAAGGUUUUUCUCAAUCAUCCAGAGGCCCUACGCAUCUGUUUCCCUCGUCUAAAAGAGAAACUAGAAGACCCUGACCCCGGCGUCCAGUCAGCCGCUGUAAAUGUGAUUUGUGAGUUAGCAAGGAAGAACCCCAAAAAUUAUUUAUCGCUCGCUCCAGUCUUCUUCAAACUGAUGACGAGUUCCACCAACAAUUGGGUUUUGAUAAAAAUAAUCAAACUGUUUGGAGCUCUCACACCAAUCGAGCCUCGAUUGGGUAAGAAGUUGAUUGAGCCUCUGACAAAUCUGAUUCACAGCACGUCGGCAAUGUCUCUUCUGUACGAAUGCAUCAACACAGUUAUCGCUGUGCUGAUCUCCAUAUCUUCAGGUGUGCCAAACCACCAGGCAUCCAUACAGCUUUGCGUGCAAAAACUUCGAAUCCUCAUUGAGGAUUCGGAUCAAAACCUAAAAUACCUAGGUCUUCUAGCAAUGACGAAAAUCCUGCGGUAUCAUCCGAAGAGUGUUCAAUCCCAUAAGGAUCUUAUUUUCCGAUGUCUGGACGACAAGGAUGAGUCCAUACGGCUGCGAGCUUUGAACCUGCUUCAUGGCAUGGUUUCGAAACAAAAUUUGAUUGAAAUCGUCAAAUUUCUCACCAAACAUGUCAAGAAUGUUUCUGGUGGAACCUAUUACCGAAAUGAGCUUGUCACGAAAAUCGUGCACAUAUGCUCCCAAGAGAACUACCACUACGUCACUUCGUUUGAGUGGUACAUCACUGUGCUGGUCGAACUGGCCCUCAUAGAUGGCGUACGGAAUGGUGAAUUAUUAGCUGCUCAACUCAUGGAUGUCGCGAUACGCGUUCCAUCAGUCCAGUUAUUUUGUGUCACACAAAUGGCUCUGCUGUUGGACUUUUGCACUACUACAACAUCUUCCUCAGGUUUUCGACAGGGGGCCAUUCAUGAGGUUGUUCAUGCUGCCAGCUGGAUUUGUGCUGAAUACGGAAGGUAUUUGGAAAAUCCACGCCAGACUCUUGAAGCGAUGCUGCUGGCCGCUGAUCGCCUUCCAGGUCUUCCUACUCAAUCUCAGGCAAUUCUCCUGCUGAAUUCUUUUAAGCUCUUCUGCACGCUUACUUCCCAAUACAUUCGCGAUGGUUGUCAGGAGACUCCUACCCAGACUGACCUUGUUCGUCUGGUUGACCAAGUCUUGGAACUAACGAACUUCCUAGAGGAUAAAUUGACUUUGUUUGUUCACUCACCUGACUUGGAGGUUCAGGAACGAGCAGUUUCUCUCCAUCAGUUGCUCUCAUUAGUGGUCAAACGAUUGAACAAGAUCAGCGUGAUUUUAUCCGAGUUGCACCAAUCAGUGAUCGCUCAGGAUAUUUCACUGGAAAGUGGCGAUAGGGUUCCAACCGAUGACGUAAACAUGUUGGCCAAUUCACAAGAUGUUCUGUGCUCCGUUUCCCACUCUGUCCGUUCACUUGGCAUCGAAUUGGGAUCUCUUUUUGCCGGGGAGAUCAAUCCUGUUGCACCGAAAGCCCAGCAAAAAGUUCCCUUACCUGAGGGCCUUGAUCUGGAAGCCUGUAUAAACCCGACAUUCGGACAAAGGAAAACCGACUCUCGGAAGACUCCUGCGGUGUCGGCCCAUAUCGAACCGCUUAUAAGGCACAACAGAAAGUCCGAUUUGACAACAUCUGAUGGCGCCAUUUUUCCUCAGCUGAGAUCGGAUAUUCCAAAGGUCACUUUGACCGAAGCACAAGUCGAAGAAAUGCGCCAGCGGCGUUUAGAAGAACAGAAGAACAAUCCUCACUAUUUGAAACCGACCCUAUUUAAUGGCCAUCAAGAAUCGUCGGAACCAGCGAACAAUGCAUACCAAGCGCUGGAUGAUCAUAAGUUAACCAAUUCGCAGCAAAACAGCCCUCAAGUCAAAGGAAGUGAUUCCGGUAUGAAUCAAGUGGACGGAACACCGGUUCAUGGACUGGCUCGAUCUGACCAGUUUGCAGAAGAAAUACAACAAAGGUUUGCAGAGUUGGCGAUGCAGGAAUCAAAGUCUCGGUCACGAUCCUCGGGCGUAAAAAAGUCGCGCAAAACGAAACGAUCCGGUUGCCAAGACUUCCACUUCACCGUUGAGGGGGACGAAGAUAUUUCAAAGCUCAUAGCUUCUCCGGUUGUACGAGGAGAUCUUGAUAUGCCCGAAGGCAUAUCACCCGACGAUCAGUCACCUACUGAGGCAGUUGAUCCCAACGACCCACACCAUCGAUUGAGUAUCCCUCUAGACGACCUUAUCAAUGUUGAACCGACUGUUGCAUCUAAAAACCACAUGACUUCAAAGGACACAUCGAGACGUACCAGAAAGUUUGAAAAACGUCACACAAUCGCCAAUGCGAAGGACACGAAUACACGCUCCACGUCAGCUGUUGAUGUAUCCUCGGAUCAAUUGUCGCUCCAGAAUCACACCUUGAUAGCCGAACCAUCAAAUAAUGGUGAUUACCUUCAGAUUUCCAAUGAGAACAGGACGCGGAGGCACGAAACCUCAUCGAGCAUAAAGCAGAAUACCUCCCCUAGCAUGGUAUCUCCAGAUCCCAAUCCAUCCCUCUCCAUCACACCGAGCCAAGCACGUUUUGCUCGCAGGGAGAUCUCUCCCGAGAAUUUCUCUGAAGUGCUCUCCAAUACGAUCAACGACUGUUCACGCAAUGGAAAGGUUCGUUGUCCCGCCACUGUCGCGUUGGCCGAAUCAGGUGACACUGCUCAGUGGUGCAAGGCCUUUCGACGUGUCCUCAGGGUCAUUGUGAAGAAGCUUCCAUGUUACCCCGUGGAGAUAAUCGAUUCCCGUGCUGCCUCUCUCUAUACGGAGCGGGAAUCUCUUGGGCACCCUCUUUGUAUUCUUAUUAAACUUUCGCAUCAAACUGGCAUCAUCAACAUCGGUAUCAAAUCCACGAACGCGGACACCUCAUCCGCCUGUCUAGAACAGUUGAAAAGCAUUUUGCUUCGUCUGUCGAUGCCCUGUUGAUUCAUCCAGCUUACACUUGGCUGUCCGUACUUGCGUAAACUAGUCUGCUCCGUGUUUGUCUUGGUAUCUUAAAAACCUAUCGUGCUGUGAUUAGUCGAUUUGUAUUACGUUGUUUUGACCUUCGCGCUGUGAUCCAAACGUUAAUUUUCACAUGUACUGUCUAGAUGAAGGUCAGUUGGCCAUUAUACCUUCCACUUCCUGAAUGAGGUGUAGUUGUGCUUGUUCAUCUAUCCUCAACGUCUUCUUUCACUAAUCCCAUACCAACUAAUCUCGGACAUUCCAUCAACCCUGUCUUUUCAUAAUCUUUCAGUCACAGACUGUGCUAAUGUUGUCUUGUUUUCUGAUCUCCCCUUCAAACAGAUUCGUUAUACCAUGUGUCUGUACCUGCUAUUCUAUUAGGAAAUUAAAGACGUUUGAC